AUGAAAUUCAUAAUUGCUCUAUGCUUAGUAUCCGUUGUGGUGGCUUUGCCGCCUUACGACGAAGUCCAAGUCCUACGUUAUGACAACGACAACAUUGGUACUGGAGAUUACAGCUACCAGUUCGAACAGUCAGACGGUACUAAGCAAGAGCAAGUAGGUGAACUGAAAAACGAAGGUGUUGUAGGCCAAGCUGAAGUUGUUAGAGGAUCAUAUUCCUGGUUCGCUCCAGACGGUUAUACCUACAAAGUCACCUACGUAGCCGAUGAACUUGGAUACCGAGCAACCAUUGAAAAGGGAGCCCAACGAUUGUAAAUCACAAUAAAAAAUAAAAAAGAAUAAUUAUUAUGUUAACUAAAUUUAUAAUUGUUGAUUUGAGUUGUUAAUAAA